AUGGGCCAAUCUGCCGAAAGUGUGACUUAUGACCUGUUUUGGAGAUAUCCGGGGUCCUUAAAAAAUGUUGGUGUUGUUGUAAAUUGUGCUGAGUGUGAGAAACCACGUCUAUUAUUCAGCGCCAGGAAAUUGUCCAAAAAGGAUAGGACAAGGCUACAAAGUUUCUUAGACACAAUCUUCUAUACCUGCGGCAUGUCAUUUCAUAAUACAUGCGAUUUGGCAAUAAUCACACCCGUACCAUCAAAGCAACAUGAUGAAAUAGAAAAUUUGGAUGAGGGGGAUGAUUGUAAUGAAGACGAACCUGAAAACUCAGAUGAUGAGAAUGAAUCUGAUAACAAUAUGGAGGAUUCUAUUCGUGAACUUUUUUCAAGAGUUUUUGUUAAUGAUUCUUGGUCUUGUACGUCACAGGUUGAAAAACCAUAUUAUUCAGCUGGAAUUUAUCCGGACGUUUGCAUUGAGUGUGGAAGCUUGGAUAUUAACGAAACAGCAGAAGACAAAUUCCCACAUUGCAGUAGUUGCAGUGAUAAUACUGCCAUUUCAAAAAAACGUCUAAAGUGGAAACAGGGUGGUAAAGAUAAGGGAAAGCGUACAAAGAUUUGA